AUGACCACUAUUGUCCUCGUCCCCGGUGCAUGGAUCUCUCCAGCUUUUUACCGCCCUUUCCUCAAAGCUCUCACCACAGCCGGGUAUCCUGUCCGCUAUGCUGAAUAUCCAUCUCUGGACCCCGCGGAUCCCACGAGCGCAGACUGCAAAGCUGAUUCUGAGGCCAUCGCCAGCGUCAUUCGCCCGCUAGUGGAAGAUGAGGGCCGCGAUGUCCUUCUGGUGAUGCAUUCCUAUGCAGGAAUGCCUGGAGCCGCGGCUGCCAUGGGACUUGCUAAAACAGAACGAAGGCAACAAGGCAAGUCUGGUGGCAUCAUAGGAAUGGUGUUCAUCGCUGCUUUCCUAGUUCCAGAAGGAUUAAGUUGUGCGGGAUUGCAGGGAGGGAAUCUCCCACCAUGGAUUCUGUUGGACAAGCCCUACGACAAAGUGAACCUCCCCGAAGACCCUGUUGCCAACUUUGCCGCCGAUAUUAGUCAAGAAGUGGUCAAAGAUCUUGCAGGUUACAUCAGACCUCAUUCCACAUUGGCGUUCAACUCCCCCCAAUCUGCUCCCGCUUGGGCAGACCAGGCUUAUGCCGGAAGGUUGGCGUUUAUUAUUCCUACAAUGGACAUCGCCGUCCCCGAGGGGGCACAGCGUGGCAUGAUCGCCGCUACCCAGAAGAAUUGGAUGGUGGAGGAGAUGGUCUGCAGUCACUGUGCGCCGUUUCUUAAUCGGAUUGGUGAGUGUGUAAGACUGCUGCAGGGAUUUCUCGGAGUGUUUGAGGGUAUGAAGAACUAA